CGGCUGUGGAAACUCCAGUUGGACAUCUGCAUCAGUCCUCUCUUCUUCAAGUCAACUCAACUCAUCUCGUCAUCUACGAGGAUCUUCUGUCCGUCUCUCCUCCACCUGCUGCCGCCUUUCUGCCCCUGGGCGUGUGGCUUUAACCUCAUCCACCAGAGGUCUGCAGAUGGUGAUUUCCAUGUUGGCUUCAACAAGCUCUUCGCUGAACUCAACAAAGAAGGAGCCCCAUAUGCACUGAGUCUGGCCAAUCGCCUGUAUGGAGAAAAGACCUACAAGUUUGUUGAGAAAUUCCUUGCUGACACCAAGACACACUAUCUUGCCGAGUUGGAGGCUGUUGACUUCCGCACAAAUGCACAGGCGGCACGACUGAACAUCAACAAAUGGGUGGAGGAAAAGACACAAGAGAAAAUCAAGGACCUGUUGGCUGAAGGGGUUGUGGAUGAUGAAACAAGACUUGUGUUGGUAAACGCCAUCUACUUCAAAGGCAACUGGGAGAAGCAGUUCAACCGUGCUCGCACCAGUGAAGUUAAAUUUAAGCUCAAUAAGAAUGAAAGUAAGCCUGUGCAAAUGAUGCAUCAGACGGCGCCGUUCCCCUUUACCUACGUCCCCGAUGCCAACUGCCAGAUUCUGGAACUCCCCUAUGUGGGCAAAGACAUGAGCAUGCUCGUUUUGCUCCCAAAUGAAAUGGAGGACAACGCCACUGGACUGGAGAAGCUGGAGCAGAUGCUCACGUAUGACAAACUUGUGGAGUGGACCAGGCCUGACAUGAUGCACACCGUGUGGGUCGAGGUGGGUCUCCCCAGGUUCAAGCUGGAAGAGACCUAUGAUCUCGAGGAGAUCCUGGUCAGCAUGGGCAUGGUGGAUGCCUUUAGCCCCCAGUGUGACUUCUCCGGCAUGUCCUGCGACAAUCUGGUUCUGUCCAAGGUCGUGCACAAGUCCUUUGUGGAAGUGAACGAGGAGGGCACUGAGGCAGCCGCAGCUACAGCUGCCGUCAUGGUGAAUUACUGUGAAUUACCCUUCCUCUUCCUCAUCCGACACAACCCCACACAGAGCAUCCUCUUCUAUGGCCGCUACAGCUCCCCUUAAGCUGAGGCUAGAGUGGUAAAGAAGUCUACAUAGAAAGAUGUCUCAGGAAUGUCUGAAGAGAUCCUGUGUCUGACUAGCUACCUGUAACUUAAAGUCUUACUAUGAAUUAGAAUUUUUCUUCUCAUUGGAAAAUAGUCUUAUACUGGAUGCUUUAAGAAUGUU